AUGGCCGCCUCGAUUUCCGAGAGCGAUUUGACUGUACUAUACACCAAGCAUUCACCGUUGAAUUGGUCAGCCACAACAAUCGGAUUCUUCUUCACGCUGAGAACUGUUUUGAAGGCGUUGACCCUCUCCCUUGGACUGCCCUUAUUCUUUAAGCUUGCCAAGCAUCAUUCACUGCGGAUGGAUCUGAGCCUGGCCUCCUUUGGAAUAAUAUCAACAACCUCAGCUCUGGUCAUGAUAUCAUUUGCAGAGACUACUACAGUAAUGAUGAUAGCGCCUUUUGUCGGCAUGUUUGUUGGCUUUCCAAGCCUCAUUCUAAAUGCUAUCAAAUCAAAGCUUGUCGAGCCUUACGAAUACGGAGCUCUGUUCGCGUUCACCGCUCUUAUACAAACACUGACCUCAACGGCAGGAUCGGCCAUGUUUAGCAGUAUCUACGCAGCCUCGCUAGCAACUUGGCCGGGACUUGCCUUCAUGGUUACAGCUUUAAUUUACGUGGUGUCGCUCGGCUUAAUUUCAUACCUCUGGUUCGAUAUGAAGAAAGCAGCAGAGGAUGACCAGAGAUAUCAAAGUGAUGAUGGAAGCGGGUAUGAGAAAGUAGACACUACAGACGAGGAGUCCGAUUGAGAAACUGGACCACUUAUUCCUCCGUGGUGAAGCUAACCCUCCGAAAACAUUCAAAUUGCCGUCUGGUAACUUUUAUCACAACGGAUUGGUCUUCCUGGGUGCUUACAGCUCGGUAACAGAUAGUAGCCAAACUUCUUUACACGUCUUUCAUGUCCAGCCUUUCAGGUCCAGAGCGCAGCACUUUUGCAACAAACGGAAGUAAAGAAUGAGCUUGAGCUUGACGAAUGUGAAUUCCUAAAAACAAAAUGGCUUGCCGGUGUCAGAUGCAAUUGUGUCCGCCAUGCAAUACUGUCCGCUUCGGACACUUUUGCAUAUGCGGCCGAACGUUUCCCAUGUCAUUCACGACAUCUUUUUAUAGCUUCAUGAUGACAUGCACUUGUAAACAAAAUGGCGAACGUGUUCCGUCGAUCAAGGGCGUU